AUGUCUCGGUCGGUCAAGUUGGAUUGCCAGGAUGCCUUCGGGAACGAGUGUGGCACGUUUUGGAUCUACGAUCUGGACGACAUUGAGGAUGGCUCGGCAGAUGGCAUCUCUACGCCAGCGGACUUUGACGUCAGCCCGUGGAAGUACCAGCAAGAUGUUUCCAUUUUACUCUUGAAUCUGGAAGAAGCCACGCGGUAUGAUUUCAUCUACUGCUAUGCAGAAGAUGAUGAAGAUGAUGGUAUCGGAUCUGCUGCGAACAAGAUGGUUUUCGACACGGGUGUUCAGGCAAGCCAGGUGGCGGCUAUAAAGAAUGAGCUGGGAAGCAUCGUCACGUUGGAUGAGACGCCUCCUACAUUCACGGCGCUCGAGAUCCAGGAUCCUACAGCCAUGAAUGACCGUAUUGUGGUAUCCUUCGAGAUGAACGAGCCUGGCACUGCCUACUGCCGAGCAACGCGCUCGGACUCUGGGGAGACCUCUGCAGACAUGCACCUCAACAGGAUUCUUUCCGCCAACUGGUUCUCUGCGUAUGACGGAAACGGUACACAGACGAUUACAAUGACAAAGUUGGAGAAUGUGGACCCGCUCCUGACAAGUCGUGAUGAUGAGAACGUCUUCUUUCUGGAGGCCACCCUCUACGAUGUCUACUGUUGGGCACGGGAUGCAGCUGUGGAUACGAAAGGCUUUGCGAAGCCGAACUACAUGACGCAGGAAUACGUCGUUCUAGAUGUUGGCAGCUCCAGUUCACCGAGUGGUGGUCGCACAGCGAACAUCUGGGUGAAAGACUCCACACCUCCGACUAUGACUUUCAUUGAUGCAGAGAGCCUGGAUUCCAGCACCAUUCAGGUGACGCUGCAGUUGGACGAGCCCGGUACGAUCUGGUGCCAAGCCAUGAGCCUGGAGGGUCCCAACGCAUCAAUUUGCGACAACAGCAGCUUGCAGGAUACGAAUGACACCAGCCCCUGCUACUAUGAGCGAUUCAUUAAAGGCUCUGGGCAGUCUGUUUUCACCGCCAUGGUUCCGCUGGCCUACCGCAACGUCCAUAUCAACGUGGACCGUUUAUUGGACAGCAGCGAAGCCUUUUCCACCACCUUGGCCUCGCAGACUGAGUACCAGGUGCUCUGCUUUGCGGAGGAUGAUUGGCACAUACAGGCAAGCAGCUUUCAGCCUCGUUCGCCGAGCUUCACUGCACCCGUGUACCCGAACAAGGUACCGCUGUCGGCCGUCCAUGUGUUGCGAGAGCUCAUUGGAACCAAGACAACUCUGGACGAGACUCCUCCAAUCUUUACUCAGCUGGUCAUUGAUGACCCCACAGCCUCCAACGAUCGCAUCGUAGUGACCUUUGCUCUGAACGAGCCUGGAACCGCAUAUUGCCGCGCAACCCGAUCUGACUCCGGGGAGACAUCUGCCGACAUGUCCAUCGUGCGCAUCCUGGGUGCUGGAUGGUCAGCUCCACAGAACGGCAGUGCUGUGCCGUCAGUCAUCACAAUGACGAAGUUGGAGAAUGUGGACCCCGCCUUGACGAACCGCCAAGACCACAACAUCUUCUUUGAUGAGGCGACUCAGUACGAUAUCUACUGCUUGGCCAAGGACGAUGCAACCGAUGAUGGAGGGCUUGCUCGCCCCAACAUCAUGACCACCAGCUACAUUGGUGCUGAUGUUGGAAAUCCCCUCUCUCCUCAGGGAGGUCGCACUGCAGGAGUCUGGGUUGCAGAUACGACGCCUCCUGGAAUGAUCUUGGUUCGUGCUGUGGCGGUCGGCCAGGAGGUCCUGCGGAUCACGCUGCAGCUGGACGAGCCCGGAACAAUCUGGUGUCAGGCAGCCGAACUGGCCAACUCCAGCGACAUCUUAAACUGCAAAGAGGAUGAGGUGCAGGAGACAAACUCCAGCGAUGACUGCUUCUAUGAGGACUUUACGAAGGGCUUGGAGAACGAAACCGUGUUUCGUGCGGAGGCUGCUUUGAAGCAGGGCUCUGUGCCUGAAUCUUUCCGUGAUGUGGAGAUUGAAGUCGCGCGAAUUUGGCGGAAAGAUCAGACCAACAGCAUUCCUCUGUUGCAUGCUUCUGCGGUGGCAUCGGUGAACUUUGUCUUGAGCACCGGGCCGAACAAGGCCCCUCCAACCUUUACGCUUCUGGAGAUCGAAGAUCCAACAGUCGCCAACGACCGUAUUGUGGUGACAUUUGCCUUGAACGAGCCUGGAACGGCGUAUUGCCGGCCCACGCGAUCCGAUUCGGGCGAAACUUGGGUUGACAUGCACAUCAGCCGCAUUGUAAGCGCCGCCUGGUCUUCACCGUUCAUGGCAGGCAGUGCCACCAUCGAAAUGACCAGCAUUGCCAACCGAAGCCUAGAUCGUCUGGACAAUGCCGCGUUGGAAGAAGCAACGCGCUACGACGUGUACUGUUGGGCUGAAGAUGCCGCCUUGGAUGGCUGGGGCAUGGCGCGUCCAAACCUCAUGAGCCAGGUGACACUCCAGCUGUCAGAGCCUGGCACGGUCUGGUGCCAGGCGGCAGAUCCUUUGGAUGACUUCUGUGCGACCGCCGACAUUGCAGGUGCAACAAGCCGUGACAGCCCUUGCUAUUUCGAAACAUUCAUCAAGGGCAAUGUGACCUCCACAUUUGAAGUCCCCGUCCACGAGGCAUACCGAAAUGUCGAGGUAGAGGUCAGCGUCCUGCAGUUGAGGACUGGAGAGAGCCGGCCACUCGAGCAACAACGCGCUUACAACGUCUUCUGCUAUGCGGAAGAUGACUGGGUACUUGAGGCUGAUGCUGCAGCGACCUCCGUCAGCUACACGUCUCCCAGCCUGCCUUUGCAAGUGUCGCUGAAUGACACCGUCGCUUUGAAAGAUGAGAUUGGGCUGUUGGUCACGCUGGAUGAGAGUCCGCCGUCGUUCACCAAGCUGCUUAUUCCUGAUCCCACGGCUGCCAACGACCGGAUCGUCGUUGUGUUGUCCCUGAAUGAGCCAGGCACCGCGUACUGCCGUGCCACUCGCUCGGACUCUGGAGAGACAGCUGCCGACAUGUCCAUUAACCGAGUGAUUGCAGCGGGGUGGUCGGCAGUUUUUGCUGGCAGUGAUGUCUCCAUAGAAAUCACAAAGUUGGAGAACGUCGACCCAAGUCUGACAGCCAGGGACGACGUGGAUGUGCUCUUCGAAGAGCAAACGCAGUAUGACGUGUACUGCUGGGCACAGGACAGUGCAGUGAACAGCCAAGGAGUGCCGCGUCCGAACUACAUGUCACAUGCCUACAUGGUAACAGGGGUGAAUUCCAGCUCAGCCCCUGCUGGCGGGCUCACUCAGAACAUUUGGGUCACGGAUUCGACUCCUCCCAGAAUGAUUUUUGUUCGGGCAGAUGCUUUGGCAAGCGCCACGUUGCAAGUAACAUUGCAGCUGGACGAGCCCGGUACGAUCUGGUGCCAAGCAGUUCUUCCCAACGCGACGCAGCUUUCUGAAUUUUGCCGCGCGGGUGACAUUGGACAAGCUGGUGAUCUGCAAUCCUCGAAUCCAAUAGUGAAAGGAAAUCUGACAGCCACCAGCUUUCAUGUGGAGGUUCCAGUUGCGUUCAGGGAUGCCAGCAUUGACAUCAACAAGAUUUUGCCGAAGAACGGACAGGAGGCGACCAACCUGACGUCAGAGACUGCGUACAACAUUGCCUGCUUUGCAGAGGAUGACUGGGUGUUACAGGCGGAUGCUGCAGUGACCUCCGUCAGCUACACGUCUCCCAGCCUGCCUUUGCAAGUGUCGCUGAAUGACACCGUCGCUUUGAAAGAUGAGAUUGGGCUGUUGGUCACGCUGGAUGAGAGUCCGCCGUCGUUCACCAAGCUGCUUAUUCCUGAUCCCACGGCUGCCAACGACCGGAUCGUCGUUGUGUUGUCCCUGAAUGAGCCAGGCACCGCGUACUGCCGUGCCACUCGCUCGGACUCUGGAGAGACAGCUGCCGACAUGUCCAUUAACCGAGUGAUUGCAGCGGGGUGGUCGGCAGUUUUUGCUGGCAGUGAUGUCUCCAUAGAAAUGACAAAGUUGGAGAACGUCGACCCAAGUCUGACAGCCAGGGACGACGUGGAUGUGCUCUUCGAAGAGCAAACGCAGUAUGACGUGUACUGCUGGGCACAGGACAGUGCAGUGAACAGCCAAGGAGUGCCGCGUCCGAACUACAUGUCACAUGCCUACAUGGCAACAGGGGUGAAUUCCAGCUCAGCCCCUGCUGGCGGGCUCACUCAGAACAUUUGGGUCACGGAUUCGACUCCUCCCAGAAUGAUCUUUGUUCGGGCAGAUGCUUUGGCAAGUGCCACGUUGCAAGUAACGUUGCAGCUGGACGAGCCCGGUACGAUCUGGUGCCAAGUGACAGAGGUUGCAUCCGCACCUGCGGGCACUUACUGCAACGAGUUGGAUGUACAGGAUUGGAGUUCUUCGUCAGAUUGCUUCUUCGAAGUCUUUGCGAAAGCCAGUGUCGCUCCAGCAGAUGCCCUUUUCUCCGUGUUUGUGCCAGAAGCCUUCAGCAACGUUGACCUGAACAUCGACCGAGUAGUGAGCAAGGAUGGCACUUCAAGCGCGAGGUUGUCCUCCCAGCAUGCAUAUGCCAUCUUCUGUCUCGCAGAGGAUGACUGGAAGAUCCAGGCCGAUAGCCUUUCAUCGCUGCCUGACUACACGUCUCCAGGAGGACCCAACCAAGUGAACUUGACAGAUGCGCAGCUGUUGCGCGACACGAUUGGAUCGUUGACGACCUUGGACGAGGCUCCGCCAAUGUUCACUUUGCUGACUAUUGAAGACCCCACGCAGACCAAUGACCGCAUAAUGGUGACCUUUGCAUUGAACGAGGCUGGCACUGCAUUUUGCCGGCCUACUCGGCGUGAUUCAGGCGAAACUGCGCAGGAUAUCUCCAUCAAUCGAAUUAUCAGCGCUGGAUGGUCGGCUGCAUAUGAUGGAAGCGGUGGUGAUCGCACCCUCGAGAUGACGGGUAUUGAGAAUGUCCUCUUGCAUGAGCUGGAGCCGCUUGUUGAGGCGCAGCAGUAUGAUGUAUACUGCUGGGCGAGAGACAACGCUGUGGACAUGCAAGGGUUCGCGAGGCCCAACUUCAUGACGCAUGCGUACGUGGGGACUUCCGUUGGGAACGAAACUGCGCCCAGCGGUGGAAAGAUCGAAGCGGUGUGGAUUACUGACAGCACUGCUCCGACCCUGUACUUUGUGCGGGCGGGCGGCGUGAAGACGGAGGCUGCCGAGCCAGCAAAUGCCUCCAGCUCUCUCUACUGCCAUGAAGACGAGAUAAGCACCGACCCUUUGUCCUCCUGCUACUGGGAGACUUUUGUCAAGGGCUCUGAUGACCCGGCCACAAGCUUCAGUGCGGAAGUGCGCGAAGCUUUCGAAUACGUCGAAGUUGAAGUCAAUCGCAUAUGGCGGAAGAACACGGCAGCCUCAGAUCCGCUCCUUCCGGAAACGGGCUACAAGGUCUUCUGCUAUGCGGAGGACGAUUGGCCGGUUCAAGCACAGAGUGUCUACUUCAAUGCGUCUGGACUGGAGCCACAAAAGAGCACCCUUGCAUCUGGCAUAGCUUUCAAGGACGCCGUGGGCCUGCGCACAACGCUGGACCUGACGCCUCCCAACAUCACGCUGUCGAAUCCCCAAUCGCCCUCCGAAUCGUCGCUCACGGUUCUGGUGACACUUUCCGCUUGGUGCAAGGCCGUGCGUGGCUCCGCUGGCUCCGCUUUUGUCCCUUCGGUGUUGGAGAUCUUGAGUGCCGGCUUCAGUGCCGCGAUGCCAAACGACCCCUAUGCGGCAACUGUGAUGCUUACCGGUGAAGAUGCAACGGUUCCUUUCGUUCGUGGAACAGACUAUGAGGUCUUCUGCUAUGCAGAAGAUGACUCAUGUGAUGGCUGCGCAUAUGGAGCAGGAAUCGCUUCGGAUGAGAUUGCGCAAACCCGAACGAGCAUCCGCACAUUGGACACGACACCGCCACUUUUGCGAGUGAUCAACGUUCGGUCCAUCGCUCGAGAUCAAGUUCAAAUCACAAUCCAGGCUGAUGAGGGAGUGCGCUUAUGGUGUGCUGCAUGGCCGACGGAAACACCUCCGACAGAUGGGCUGGGAUUUCCUUUGAACGCCACGAACUUCGAAGACAUCAUCAAGGACGGAGCUUCGCUUCAAUGCACGGACUCCCGUGGAGCAGCCUGCGGAAGCUUCUGGGUUUAUGACCUGGAUGACCUCGAGGACACCAGCUUGGACGGUUUGGCAUCUUUACCAGCUUACAGAGACGAUCAGACCUGGAGACACAAUGAAGAUGUGGUGAUUCUAUUGAGUGGUCUUUCUGAGCAGACUGAGUACAGCCACAUCUAUUGCUAUGCAGAAGAUGAUGAAGAUGAUGGUCUGGGAGCUGCUCCGAAUAAGAUGACUUAUGACACCGGAGACCUCAGAAGCCAAGUGGUCGUCAUUCAUCAGGGGCUCGGGAACAUGACCACGCUCGAUGAAACCCCACCAAUUUUCACUCAGCUCAGCAUCCAGGAUCCGACUAACUUCCAGGAUCGCAUUGAGAUCGCUUUCGCCCUCAACGAGCCCGGAACGGCCUACUGCCGAGCCACGCGAUCUGACUCAGGCGAGACUGGCGCUGACAUGUACAUCUCAUGGAUUCAGACGGCUGGGUGGUCAUCUGCGCAUGAUGGGUCCACGGCGCCUUCAACAAUCGAGAUUCGCAAGUUGGAGAACUUGGAUCCACUUCUAACCAACCGCGAUGAUGAGGAUGUGGCAAUUCUGGAGGCACAGCAAUACGACAUAUACUGUUGGGCUCUGGACAGCGCGGUGGACACCGCUGGCUUGGCCAGACCGAACUACAUGUCACAGAGUUAUGCGAUCGCGGAGGUCAACUCCACUGCUUCCCCAGCUGGAGGUUCGACACGAGGUGUCUGGGUAGUGGACGUCACACCUCCGCGGAUCAUCUUAGUUGGUGCAGAGGCCAUCUCAUCGUCAGAGCUGCAAGUCACGCUACAGCUCGAUGAGCCAGGCACCGUCUGGUGCCAACCAGGCGACAUCUCUGGUGACCUGACGCAGUGCCAGAGCUCUGAAGUGCAGAAUGUGUCUUCGACCGCUGACUGCUUCUGGAUCACGCUCAUACAGUCCAACGACUUCCGAGCAGAUGUUCACGAAGCCUUCGUGGACGUUUCCAUCAACAUGAACCUUCUGCACCCUCACAGUGGGCAUCCUGCUAGUGCUCUGACCCCGGAGACACCGUACGAGAUUUUCUGUUAUGCAGAGGAUGACUGGCAAGCACAGGCGAACAAUGCUGUGAACUCGAUCAACUUCGUGGCGGUCACCAGCCCGAACAACGUAUCGUUUGACGACACCGAUCUCCUGAGGACUGGCAUUGGCUUGCUGACAACGCUGGACGAGUCGCCGCCCAACUUCACUACGCUUGCGAUUCCAGAUCCCACUGUGCAGAAUGACAGGAUUGUGGUGAUGUUCAGCCUCAAUGAGGCAGGUACGACGUACUGUCGAGCCACUCGAUCCGACUCUGGAAGAUCGGCUACGUACAUGACCAUCAACCGCAUCAUCAGCGCUGGAUGGUCGGCCAGCAAUGAUGGCAUCGGCGCGAGCAUGAUCGUCAUGACGCACCUGGAGAAUCUGACGGCUCUCAGAGCACCAAGCGAGCCAGUUCUUGAAGCAACGCAGUAUGAUGUGUAUUGCCUUGCAAAGGAUGAUGCAGUGGACGGCAGGGGCCUGCCGCGGCCUAACUGGAUGUCCUCCAGCUACACAACGGCGGCUGUGGUAGAUCCAAGCAGCCCUGCGGGCGGACUUACGUCGGGUGUGUGGGUGGUGGAUUCAACCCCUCCAGCUUUGCUCCUCGUGGACGUCUAUGCUGCCAGUGAAGCAACCAUACACCUGCGCCUGCAACUCACUGAGCCCGGCACGGUCUGGUGUGCUCCCUUGGCAAUAGAGAACACGACUUUCUGCACAGUUGCGGAUAUGACGACGAACGGCACGUCCAGUGGCUGUGACUAUGAGACCUUUGUGAAGAACCAGCAAGCCUUUCAGGUCGCCUCGAGCGUGACAAUCCCUGAACCAUACCGAGACUUCGAAGUUAAGGUGGACCGAAUUUUCACUCGCGAUGAGCUGGCCAGCUACGCAUUAGAAACUGAGAAGUCGUACAGCCUCUUCUGCUUUGCGCAAGAUGAUUGGCCUCUCCAGGCGGCCGGCGCCUCAACAAAGUCACCAAGCUUCGUGGCUCCGACAGAUGCUAUGAAGAUUUCCUUGUCAGCUGCGCAAGCUUUUUCCGGCGUGAUUGGCAACAUCACAACGCUGGAUGAAACACCUCCAAGCUUCACCGUACUGCAUGCAGAGGAUCCCACGAUCAGCAACGACCGCAUAGUCAUUGUGCUCCAGCUCAAUGAACCAGGAACGGCUUAUUGCCGCGCCACGCGAGCUGAUUCUGGUGAGGCUCCAUCUGACAUGAAUAUCAAUCGAAUACUCACUGCCAACUGGCUGGCUCAAAAUGAUGGCCUCAGCAACUCCUCAAUUGAAAUCACCCAGCUGGAGAAUGUCGACCCGCUGUCAACGAGCCGUGACGAUGAGGUGGACCUCAUCGCUGAAGCCACACAGUAUGAUGUGUAUUGUUGGGCAGAGGACAGUGCGGUGGACAGCUAUGGGAACGCGCGGCACAAUUACGUGAGAAUCGAAUAUACUCGUACUGAUGCCAGUGCAGCGAACUCCCCGCAGGGUGGUCGGACUCCAGGUGUCUGGGUGCGAGACACCACGCCGCCCAGAAUGACUUUCGUAAGAGCAGAGGGAAUUUCCCAAGACUCUCUGCAAGUGACGCUGCAGCUGGACGAGCCAGGAACAGUUUGGUGUGCUGCUGUGCAGACAACCGCAGACCCUGGCUACUGCAUCCAUGGCUCAACUCCGGGCGGAAGCUUCUCAAGCGGCUCAAGCGGGCCAGGGCUGUGUGAGUACGAGGCCUUCGUGAAGGGUGAUGCUGUGAACGCAAGCUUCCGAGAAGCUGUCCAUGAGGCAGGAGUCUCCGUGCAGGUGGAGAUCAACCAAAUCAUCCGCAAAGAUCUCGCUGCAGCAGACCCUUUGAUACCCGAGACCGGCUAUCACAUCUACUGCUUUGCUGAAGAUGACUGGCCUGAAGAAGCCGCGGCUGCAGCAAUUCGUUCGCAGUCUUACACUGGCGACGUGACCAUCCCGAACAAAGUUUCUUUGGAAGAUGUCUUGAACUUUAGCGACAGUGCGGCUUCCCUCUUUGUGCCGCAGACCCUCGACGAAGCACCGCCAAGCUUCACCCUCCUGCAGAUCCAGGACCCUUCAGCCCUGAACAAGAAGAUUGAGGUGGUGUUCGCCCUCAAUGAGGCAGGCACGGCCUAUUGUCGGCCCGUGCGUGCUGACAGUGCCGAGGCAGCUUCCCCGCUUGGGAUCAACCGCAUCAUCUCUGCUGGCUGGUCAGCUACACAUGACCCGUCUACAUCCGCGAGCAGCAGUCUACUGAUGGCUGGUGUACAUGCUUCGCCACUGCAGGAGCUCGAUGAAGCCAGGCAGUAUGAUGUCUACUGCUGGGCUCAGGACGAAGCAAAGAGCAACUUUGGAUUUCCCCGGCCGCAGUACAUGUUGCAAUCGUACGUGAGUGCGGAGGUGCGCAACGUCACGGCGCCCCAGGGUGGCAAGACCGCUAAUGUCUGGACGGUGGACUCUACAGCUCCCACGAUGCUGUUUAUCGAUUGGGACGCUGUGCGGGAUGAAGAAACUUUGCAAGUCACUCUGCAAUUGGAUGAGCCAGGAACCGUCUGGUGUCAGGCGGCAGAGGUUGUGGCAACCAACACCAGCUAUUGCGGUGAUCUCGAGUUGCAGGAUGCAGAUUCCCUGGUCGACUGCUACUUUGAGAGCUACAUCAAAGGGAACGCUUCUCACGUCUUUAAACAACUUGUCCCUGCAGCCUUCCAAGAUGUGGAGGUGGAGGUUAACCUGCUGCCUUCGCGAGAUGCAGUGAGCUCUGUUCCGCUUCGUCGCAGAUCAGGAUACAAGAUCUUCUGCUUUGCUGAAGAUGACUGGACUGAGAAGGCGACGUCUGGCUCCAUCAACUUUGUUGCUCCAGCCGCCCGAAACAAGGUCACGCUGGGAGCGGUGAUGGCCUUCAAGGAUGCUGUUGGAACGGCAACAACGUUGGAUCUCACUCCACCCAACAUGACAGUGCUCAAUGUGGUUGCCACUGAGGAUGUGAUUGUGGUCUCGGUGUCGAUGGACGAGGCUGGCACUGUUUGGUGUCGUGCUUAUCGGAAAGGUGCUGCCGUGCCUGGCGCUUCGGAGAUCCUGGAAACAGGCUUUUACCUCGAAGCUUCCGCCGAAGCUGUGGCUGAGGUCAACAUCACAGCGGAGAACGCAAAAGGUGAUCCCCUGUCGCAGGGCACAGACUACGAGGUCUACUGCUUUGCACAGGACAUCCCCUGCCUCCGCUGCUCGGUGGCUGCAGGGUCAACUGCUCAGGAGAUCGCUGACACGCAAACCGGCAUCCGCACUCUGGAUGUCCUUCCACCUCGGGUCACCGUCCUUUUUGCAGAAGCUUUGAGCAAGGAUACUAUUCAGUUGACGCUUCAGGUGGACGAGGGGGCCACGUUGUGGUGUGCGGCUUGGGAUUCCGAACCUGCAGGCAUGAGCACGAAUUUCGAAGCGCUGAUCAAGGGGGCGAACUGCACCGAAAGUUAUCCUCCGCAGCGCCCUUGUGGCAGCUUCUUGAUCUACGACCUCGAUGACCUGGAGGACAGCCCGCUCGACGGCGUGUCAACUGUCCAGGAGUUUGAAGCAUCAUACCAGUCUGGUCAGGAUGUACAGCUUUCGCUCUUCGGCCUCACCGAAGCAACUGUGUACUCCUACGUAUACUGCUACGCUGAAGACGACGAAGGUGAUGGCCUCGGGUCCAACCCGAACAAGAUGUACUAUGAUGCAAGUGAUGCACCAGCGGGGACUGCAUCCAGCAGCAUGGUCAGCCAUCUCAGACAAGCCAUCGGUGCCAUUGCAACCUUGGACGAGUCGCCGCCCACGUUCACACAGCUCUCAAUCGUCGACCCAACAGUCGAGGAGGGUGUCAUCGUGGUGAGCCUGGCUCUGAAUGAGCCCGGGACGGCAUACUGUCGCGUGACGAGGUCAGAUUCUGGAGAAGCCGGCGCGGACAUGCACGUGAAUAGGAUCCUGGCUGCCGAUUGGUCCGCUGUCCAUCCUGGACCUCCUGCAGAUGCCGUCAUCAUUAACAUCACUGCUCUGGACCGUGCUACGCCUCUCAAUGUGCCGUCCGUCCCGGUGGAGGCUUCUACCCAGUAUGAUGUGUAUUGCUGGGCCCAGGACAAUGCAGUCAGCACCAUGGGCUUCGCGCGCCCUAACUAUAUGACACACCAGUAUGUCACUGCGGAUGUCGUGGCUCCUUCAUCGCCCUCCGGGGGAGCGACUGCUGGAGUUUGGGUGACAGACAACACCCCACCUACUCUGAUCUACGUCUCCGCCGAAGCCGUGUCCAGUGAUACGGUGCAAGUCACUUUGCAGCUCGAUGAACCUGGAACCAUAUGGUGUGCAGCUGCUGAGCUGGACACUUCCGUGAAUAUCGUGAACUGCAAAGAGGGAGAGGUGCAGGAUGCAGAACCUGACCCAAGCAUCCGGCCAUGCUACUUCGAGACCUUUGCCAAGGGAACUUAUGCCGACGGAACAGUUUUCAAGGCCGAUGUAUCGCAACCCUUCAGAGAUGUCGAUAUCGAGGUGAACAGGAUCUGGGAGCGGAACGGCACAGGAACCAGCGCAUUGCAGCCAGAAACUCCUUACAAGAUCUUCUGCUACGCCGAAGACGACUGGGUUGUGCAGAGUACCGCUGCGAUGGUCAGUCCAAACUUCGUUGCACCGGCGAUCCCCAACAAGUCGCCCUUGACACAGGGGCAAUCUCUUCUGGCUGCAAUUGGGACCAGGACCACACUGGAUGAGACCCCGCCACGGUUUACCAAGCUGCUUAUACAGAACCCCACGCACACCAACGACCGCAUUGUUGUGAUCUUUGCGUUGAAUGAGCCUGGUACUGCAUAUUGUCGUGCACGCCGUGUUGAUUCUGGUGCGGCUUCCACAAAUAUGAAGAUACCUGACAUUCUUGCGGCCGGCUGGUCUGCGAGCUUCUCCGGGACCGACGUGGUGAUUGAGAUGACUAAGCUGUCAAAGCCAGAUCCAGCUAUUGGGGCACUGGAUGCUGCAACAGCUGAUUUCGAUGAGCAGACACAGUAUGAUGUCUUUUGCUGGGCUCACGAUGAUGCUGUGAAUGGUAGAGGAUACCCCAGGCAAAAUCAGCAAACUGAAGAGUACGUGAACACGGACGUAGGCCAGGGUGAGGCCAUCAAUGCGACCCUGCCAGGUGGCAAAACACAAGGAGUUUGGGUGGCGGACACUACACCUCCGACCAUGUUGCUGGUGCAGGCAGAAGCCCUCCGGAGUGCCACUCUGCAGGUGCGACUUCAGCUGAAUGAACCUGGAACGGUUUGGUGUGCUGCCACAGAAACGGGCUUGGCUGGCAGCGACUACUGCUUGGAAACUGAGCUACAAUCUGCUUCUUCUUCCGCAGAUUGUUUCUUCGAGGACUACAUCAAAGGGAAUACGACUGAUGGUACUUCCUUCAGCGAGUACGUUCCGGAGGCAUUCCAAGAUGUGGAUGUGGAGAUUACAAGGAUUUUGCGGAAGGACUUGACUGCCGGAUCUCCGCUUCUACCGGAGACGAUGUAUCAGGUCUUCUGCUUUGCAGAAGAUGAUUGGAAGAUUCAGGCUGACAGUGUUAAUUCUUCAGCCGAGUACGUCUCACCAGCAGGCCCCAAAGCCACGACUUUCGCAACAGUGCAGACUUUUGCGGACAGCAUCGGAACACUCACGACGCUGGAUGAGGCAGCUCCCAGCUUUAUCGUUCUCCAAGUCCAGGAUCCCAGUGACCAAGAAGGCAUCCUGGUGGUGAACUUUGCUCUGAACGAGGCUGGCACAGCAUACUGCAGAGCCACUCGCUCGGACUCUGGCGAGUCGGCCGCGGACAUGCCCAUCAACAGGGUUCUGACAGCCAACUGGGUGGGCGAGUAUGACGGCACCAGCAACGUCACGAUCGCCAUGAACAACUUGGAAAAUGUGGACCCUCUUGCCACAAAGCGUGACGAUGAGGUAGCACCGCUGAGUGCUGGAACACAGUACGACAUCUACUGCUGGGCCAAGGAUGCAGCCACAACAACGUUCGGAUACCCGCGGCCCAACUACAUGGCGGCUAGCUAUGUCGCAAGUCCAGUGCUGUCCCCUGAUGCUCCUGCCGGAGGCUACACAAAGGGCGUUUGGGUUACCGACAGCACCCCUCCUGAAAUGUUCCUCUCUUCCUUCGAUGCAUUGUCCGAGGAUUCCCUACUUGUCCAGCUUCAGCUUAGCGAGCCUGGCACGGUUUGGUGCGCGGCAACGGCGCCUGACGGCGGCUCCUCCAGCUAUUGCCGGCCAAGCGAUCUCCAGGAUGUGAAUCCCUUGACCGCUUGCUACUACGAAGAUUACAUCAAAGGCUCAGCUGGUCAGGGCACGACGUUCAUGAAGGAGGUCUCGGAUCCAUACAUGGAUGUCUCUUUGGAGAUCAAUCGCAUAGCUCUUUCUGGCAUCGGUGGAUCUGGAACAGGGGCACCGUUACCUGCCGAGCACGAGCCUUAG